AUUAUGCUUUCUUUCUAUAUUUUGUAACACACACAUACAUACACACACACACACACACACACACGCGCACAUCCCUCUUAUAUAAUUUCUCAUCUUAAUUUGAUCUUAAGAUUAUAAACUAAGAUGGGACAUUAUUCUAGUACUAACUCUUUGGCAAUGAAGGCACUUGCAAUUAUGCUUUUUGCUUCAGUGUUGGCAGGGUCAUGUUUGGCCAACAGGGAUAGGAGAUUUGGGUUUAACUACACAGAUUGGCGUCUCAAGCAUCGUGGGUGGUGGUAUCGUCAUCACCACCCAAACAAGACACAAGAAGUACUUCCUAGCAAGAUUCUUGUGGGUGGCUCCGAAAACUGGCGCUUCAACUUCAGCUACACAGACUGGGCUUUCAAGCACGGCCCUUUUUACCUCAAUGACACUCUUGUUUUCAAGUACGACCCACCAGCUGAUAGCAACUCGCAUCCGCAUAAUGUAUACUUGCUGCCUGACCUUAAGAGCUACGUAAACUGCAAUUUGAGCAACGCCAAGCAGAUCGCCAACGAGACGCAAGGUUCCGGAGAGGGUUUCGAGUUCGUGUUGGACAAGUGGCAGCCUUACUACUUUGCUUGUGGCGCAAGCAAUGGCUUCCAUUGCAGUGUCGGACGCAUGAAGUUCUAUGUCAUGCCUAUGCUUCGUGCCUGGCGUACAUAACCAAUAGGGAACCAAAUACUAAGAAGCAAUAUGAAUACGAGUGCUUUCUAUCAGUUAGUUAGUUAAUAAGAAAAUGAUCAGAAUACUACUGAUUGUUUUCAUGACUUCCCCUGCUUUUUAUUUCAAAGUCUAAUAGGUCGUUUUGUUUCAAUCAGUUCUUUUUUUUUUUUUUUUUCAAGCAUAAAUAAUCAGUAAUUAAAAGUUUGUGUAGUUUAGAUGGUGACUUAUA